AUGGGCCUUCUAGCAUCUAUCCCCAAGGCAAACAAUUCAUUACACAGCACAUUUGAUAUACACCAUCCGCGAUCCCGGGUUGUAUUUCUCUCGAAACGCCCUGGUCGAUCUCGCUGCUCUGUUCGCAAAUCACCUUUUGCAAAGCACUCCCAGUUCAAGCAACCAGAGCACAGCAGGCAUGAUAACGGCUCUCAAAUCAAGCCUCGACGGGAAUUUGACAACGACAUUUCGCCUAGCACAUCGAGUAAACCAGGACCAUCAUCAGCAUGCACAAAGACGUCAUCAGAAAACAGCCCUAAGACUCGACGACAACUACACAAAUCAGACUCUCCAUUCGACUUGAAUUCGUUUCCUGAGCCACCUUCUGCAAUUACAAUUAUGCAACCAGGGAAAUGCAGCCUUCGCAAGGCUACUAAUUCUGCACGUAGGCAUGCCGCACCGAAACCUCCAUUGGCCUUGGCACAGCGCAAACUGCUUGUUCCCAACCCGCGACGACCGGCCAAUGCCCGCCAGAGUCUAAUGGACGCCGCCAGCGACUUGGUCGACCCUUCAAGGCGUCAAUCCGUUGAUUCUGUGCUUGUAGCGGCGGUAUCUCGAAGCAUUGCCCAACAGUUUCGAUUAGUCUCCAAGCUUUCAAGCAGAACCUCGUCUCACAACAACCCAUCACGCACAUCCAGCCAGCAGAAUGCUUUGAACCGAUUCACCAGAGACCUUGAGUCGUAUGCAAAGCAGACAGAAGCCAAGGGAAAGGCUUCCAAUGUCGCGCCAACGCCGCCAGGAGAUAACGCAACACUUCAUACAGUCUCAGACCUUCUCCCUUAUCGUCCUCAGCUGCGUGCUGCAGGGCUGGCGGUUACUUCCAGAGAGCAAGGUCAAGGUGUACCUCAUUACUUGAAGCAGCUGCAGCCGGGCUUACCACCGCCUACACUGCAUCGACAGCGUGGUCAUGGCCGACACCAAGUCACGCAACUGGACGGAUAUACUGGCUCUGGACCAUCGCAAAGCACUGGUACUGAGGUGUCAUUCGCACGAUCUCAGGACAUGGACGAGUUCAGGUACGCACUUAUUGACGAGGCACCGGUGCGAAAAAAGAAGCAUCGGUCGGCAAAGAAACGACCAGCUCGUCGCUGUCUCCCAUGUUUUCCAGCAGAAGAAGACUUGACUACAGAUACGGACUGGGCUCACUUCAGGGCACCUUCAGCACGGCCCAAGGUUCUUCAAAAGAAGCCACCCAAGGAAACGAGAGAAUAUCCACGCAACAAGGCGCUCCCAAUCCAGACUCGUGCACCAGAGCCAGUCGGUUCUAGCUCCCACAGCCCUCACCAAAAGUCAACUGCGCAAGAGGAAGGAAACCCGCAUGUUCAGGAAGCAGCUUACGAAUGGGAUAGACCAAACUUCAUCACCACAGGAAGGAGACACUCCAUGACAAUGCCAAAGCCUCAGCCCCGUAAUAAAGCGUGCUAUAUCGGGCAUCGGCAUCGACACGGCGCGGAAUCACAAGAACGAGUUGGCAAUAACUCCAUGGCCGUUUCAGACCAUGCUAAACCGCUUGGGUACAAUGGCACUAUCCAGACCCGUCAGCCAGGUCGCCCUCCUCCAAGUGUAGAAGCGCCGCCGAAUGUGUCGGCGAAGCCUUCCCAAUCUCAACGUGGGAAUCAGGUCGAUACGCUCUUGACCAGUCAGACAGAUGGCCAGCGAGGGCGAGGAACCGGUGCGGGGGCUACCUCAAGUCGUCAGCGACCUCCCCGGUCGAUUCGCAACAAGAAGCAGCCUGUUUCCCAGUAUGAUCCAUAUCACAUUGGAAUCUGCUGCCCCAAGAGUCGAGGCGUUCCAGCCAUGUUAACCGCCCGGCCCAACAUUCCCAGAAGGACAUCAUCUAUCCAAGGCAGCACUGACUCGAUCGAAGUCGACUACGACGACCGAGAAAUAUCGGAUCGUGAUGUUCUUAGAGGUCUGCACAUUGCGGCAUCUGCCGCGUGCAAUGAAGAGAUUGAUGCUUUUGUCCGGAACAAGACGGGGCUUCGAAUCCGUCGCUUUCUCGCCGACCUGAUGGCGCUGGAAACUCUGACCGCCGUCCGAGCCGGGGAAGAUGAUGAGCAGCAUGCCAGAAGAAGGCGAGCAGAGAUGAGAAAGCUCAAGCAACAGGUGCGACGUUCGCGCGAGGUGGUUAUGGCCGGGGGUCUCAUCUGA